AUGGAUGCAACUGCGGGAGUAUUCAAACGAACGCGACAGGAUGCGGCUGGCGACUACAGCACGUUGGAGGAGAAUAUGAUAGCCGAGCUCUACCGAGAGUGGCCCAACGAUGCCGGCUUCGAGGGCUUGACGGAGCAUCAGGGCCCUAUCAAUCUGACGGUCAAGGGCGUCAUCCCUCCAUGGGCUGCUGGGACGCUGUUUCGCACUGGCCCAGGUGUGAGCUCAGUCCCAGAUACUCCGCGUGGUGAGCACCUUGUUUCCCACUGGUUUGAUGGCUUCGCGCAUUCGCACAAAUUUGAUCUUGUCUUUGACAGUGGCGAUGCCAAGUCGUGCUCUGUGGUGUAUUCAUCCUGCCGACAGUCGCAGGAGUUUAUUGACCAUGUCAAGGCCAAGGGAUGGCGUACGGGUAUAUGUUUUGGCCAGAGAGCCGACCCAUGUGUGGGCAUCUUUUCCAAAAUGUCGAUUGUCUUCCGGCCACUGGCAUCAACUUCCAACAACAACAAUGUCAUGCCUAUGGUUGGUGCGGCUGGCUUUCCAGCCGGCGACAAGAAGGACAAGAAUCUUUUGGUCCUUACCGACUCCGCCACCGUGCAGACGCUGAAUCCUGACACGCUACAGCCCAUUGGAUUUGUCCGUCAGGCAGCUUUGCACUCGUCGCUCAAAGGCCAGCUGUCUUGUGCCCAUGCCCAGCGCGACCCGGAGACGGGCGACUGGUUUAACUUUAAUCUUGAGUUUGCCAGGAUCCCUACCUACCGCGUCUUCAAGGUGGAUGGAAGGACAGGCAAGACGGAGAUUCUUGCCACAAUCGCCGACAAGGAGGUCGACCCGGCCUAUAUUCAUAGCCUCUUCUUGACUGAGAAUUAUGUCGUCCUCUGUAUCCCCUCUGCUAAGUACGCUUGGGCAGGUAUGAGCAUUCUAUGGCGCUUCAGCUUACUAGAAGCUAUCAAGCCCUUUGAUACCAAGGCGCCGUGCCGCUGGAUUGUCAUUGAUAGACGCCAUGGCAAAGGUGUUGUGGAUCGCUUCAACACUCCUGCCGGCUUCUUCUUCCACAGCACCAACUCGUUUGAGGAAACAGUCGAAGUGGACGGCCAAAAGAGAGUCCGGCUGAACCUAGAGCACGCGGCCUUUAAGAACCUCGACGUCAUGCAGAUCUUUUACUAUGACAACUUGCUCAACCGCAACGGCGCGGCUUCGAAGCUGCUCACAGAGACCGAGACCUACCAGAACUCAGUGCCGCAUCUCAUGCGAUAUACCCAUACGCUGCCUGCUUCAGGAUCGCCAGCGUCGUCAUGGGGUGCUGCCAAGGAGGCCACGCUCGCGUUCAAGGUUACUACCCCCCACGCAGGCGACCUACCCGUCAUCAACCCUGCGUAUGCGACCAAGAAGCACCGCUAUGUUUGGGGCGUUUCUACGCGCGGCCUUAGUCUGUUCUUUGACUCGAUUGUCAAGACGGACACGGAGACUGGUGAUGCGCUCAUCUGGAGCGGUGGUAAGGGCCAUACGCCGUCCGAGAUGGUUUUUGUGGCGCGGCCUGGUGCGACGGACGAGGAUGAUGGCGUGGUGCUAAGUAUUGUGCUGGACGGCAAUAAGGGCCAUUCGUACGUGCUUUGUCUGGAUGCGAAGACGCUGGAAGAAUUGGGCAGGGCUGAGGCGAACUUUGCCAUUGCGUUUGGUUUACACGGUGUGCAUGUCCCGUCUAAGGUAUAG